CUUAUGCAUUCACAAUUUUCGUUUACUCUAUCAUUUUGCUAGUUUAUCGCCAUUUAGUGUAAACUAAAACAUUUUGGUUAGGCUGACAGUAGGCAGCCGCCAACAUCUGGAUCGACUACUUACAGACAGUGUAUGUUUUCCGGCGACGCCGUAGAGUCUCGAGCGAGUUUUCACGCGCCUGUUUAUUUAAGCAACGAACGCGCGUAUAUUCGCGCACCCACGCAUGGAAAAACAUUACCGGUCGCACGUGCUUCCAUGCUUGCAUUGGCAAGUCAGCUGUUAUAUAAAUAAGCAUAAUCCUCGUCGAAUAAAACAUUUCUUUGUGAGAUUCACGUUUCCUUCACAGAGCAGCUAUUUUUUCUUUUCAAUUGUUUAUUAAAAGCUAUGCAGAAAUAUACAAAGCGGUAUCAUAUAUUGUACAAUGAUAUUAAAUUAAUAUCGUUAAAUGUUCGGUUCGACGGAGCUUUAAUUGAGCUCGCGAUAUUCGGUUAAUUUUCUAUCUUCAUCUUUUUCAGGCUAAGAAGGUAGAAAUCUAGUUGAUGAAGUCUCAGUAAUGCCUCGGGGUAGAAGAUAAUUUUCAUGAAAUUUAUACAGUGGAAAGAUCUUGAUACUCUCCGUGUUAUACGGAAGUUUUCACAAAAUGAAAGAACUAGCCGGUACUUCUUUUUUAUUUUUAGGGCAAAAAAUUUUUUUCAGUAUCGGCUCUUCAUUUAUUCAAAAAAGAAACUUGAUGUCUUCAUAAGUGAAUUAUGAAUAAUACGGACAUCUUUUAUAAAUUACUGUGAAUGCCAAUUUUAACAACCGUGGACGAAAUAAUUGGAAAGUAAUUUACAGUUUUUGUCCACAGGCUGUGGUAAAUUAAUUACUACCAAGUUCUAUACCUAAUAUGAGAUAUAUAUAUUUAGAAUAAAUAAGAUUUUUUAAACCGCUGGAACUUGUCCGAUCACGCUAUAUUUUUUUUCGGCAAUGUGUAAUAAAACAAAUCUUUAUCGAAUGGCUUCUCGUUCGUAGUCACACAAUCCUAGUGUCCACGUGUCAUUACCGAAAAAGGCAAUAUUGGCCUCAAACCUUGUCGAAAUGGUCGCCAUGGCGCAAAUAACGCGACACAAAUCAUGCGAUUCGUAUUCAGCCACAAUCGCGCGAUACCUCUUACACUCAUCGGCAGGCCGGCUUUCAAAGGGAACCGGGAUGUGCAUGGAGGUCGCGGCUGGCCACCGUAAUUUCGCGAGAACCCGCGUAGCAUAAUAAGGUACCCACAAGCGACUAUCGGGAAGUAGUCGAAGCCGCGUUACACUCUGUUAUUCCGCUGUGCAUGCAGAGAGAGAGAGAGAGAAAGAGAGAGAGAGAGAGAGAGCGACGAGCGAUGGUCAGAUCAACGACCUGCAACCCAGGUCACUACGAUACAAAGCAGACUGGCCUCUCUUUUGCCUAUCUACUUAUGUUUGAGAAAGCUAUGAACUGCUUCACAAAGAGCUUUCACUAUAAUUUCCGCGAUGAGAUGUUUUUAUGAAGAAUAAAGAUAUUUUUGUACUUUCCAUCAGCACGAUGUUCGUCAGCGUUUUAAAUAAUUGAAAAAUAUCGCUUGCGAUAAUUAAUGCAAAUCCGUUUAUUUAAAACGACUGGAAUGUAUUCCGUGACUUUUCGUUAUGAUCACUCUGCGCGAUAUUCAAACAUUGUUGAUAUUGUUAACACAGUAUACAGCAUAUCACGCUACUGAGAUCAAGUGUGUAACAUGCGCUUGUCUCGCCUGACAUUAAAUUUGCAGCAAAUCUGUUUUGGAUAUUACGUUAGCAUGCAAGGAAACUGACAACAAAACACACUCCAUGUCGCGAACUUAAGCGGACAACUGGCUGAAAAUUCAAACCUAUCUCGAUGCCUAUAGUUACCGUGGAAAUAUAAUCAUUGCGUGAAUCUGGAUGGCAUCACUGAUGACAUAUCACAUACCUAAGGGAUCUAAUGUUGCAACAGUAGAUAUUGCACCAUCCUUGGUUCAAGUGGCAUUCGGAGAAUCGUGAACGUUACACUAUCCUGAGACCAAAGCGAACGAUUCCUCAAGAUGGGACCGAGAACGACAGGCCGGUGGUUGCUCUGUGCUGCGUUUAUGGUCGCCCUGUGUCAAGGCCAAGAGGACUGGAUGCAGUGCUCGUCGACUUGCAAAUGCAAAUGGGUGUCCGGCAAGAAGACCGCCGAGUGCACCAAGCAAAAUCUCACGCAGGUGCCGGAGGACCUCUCGCCCGAGAUUCAGAAUCUCGAUCUUACCGGCAAUCACAUGACUCAUCUCAUACACGAGGCGUUCAGUCGCGUCCACCUAGUGAAUCUGCAUAAAUUGGUGUUGCGCGAAUGCGGCAUCGAAUCGAUUCACACGAACGCUUUCAAUGGCUUGAAGAUCGUCAUCGAGAUCGAUUUGUCGGGCAACAAUAUCCGUAGUUUACAUCCCGGCACCUUCUACGAGACUCAACGAUUGCGUGUGUUGUUACUCAAUCAAAAUAGAUUGAGGGUUCUUGAGAACGGUCUGUUCUUCAAUCUCACCUUUCUGCAAAAAGUGGCAUUGUCGUGGAACAGAUUGGAGCGCAUCGAUGAGAAGACGUUUCGCAAUCUACCGGGUUUGCACUCCCUCGCGCUCGACGGGAACAACUUUACUACUCUGCAACUGCAGAGCUUCGAGAGUCUUCCUAAACUCGGCAGCCUCGAACUUCAGAAUAAUCCGUGGAAUUGUAACUGCCAUCUCAAAAGAUUUCGCGACUGGACGAUCGAACGAAAGUUAUACACAAAGCCAACCACUUGCCAGGAACCGCCCAACAUGGCCGGCAAGAUGUGGGACGAAGUUACCAGCGAUGAGUUUGCGUGUAGACCGAAAAUCAUCACCAUCGGCCCGAAGACCAAGAUCGAAACGAGCAGCAGAGGAGAGGUGACCUUCUCGUGCAGAGCAACGGGAAUCCCACGUCCUCAGUUAUCAUGGACGCAUCGUACCCGUGUUUUAGACAAAAAUGCCAAACGCCCGAAUAGUGAGAGAGGCUACAUGUUGUCAGCGAGCCACGAUUGGUUGAAUCUCACUAUUCAUGACGUGACGCCCUCCGACAAGGGCGAUUACAUCUGCCACGCGAAGAGCCCGGGCGGCGACACCGAAAAGAACGUGACCCUGACCGUCACAGGCGACGCGCCGGGCAGCAGGGAUAAUUUUAUCAGCCUGCCACUCGCCAUAGGGCUCGGCGUCACCGCGCUAUGCUUGCUGAUCAUCGCGAUAGUGCUUUGCGUGUGCUACUGCCGGCGUCGCCGGAUCAGGCACGACGAGAAGAGUCUCGAGGCGGCGUCCUUGGAACAUCACGGCCUCGGCGAGCAGGAGAAAUCCCUGAUCACCACUAUUAAUCCGGUGGUGAAGCCGCCGAGACGCUACGAGGCACCAUCAGUGACGUCGCACGGCACGGAGAUGACGGAGCUGAAUCGCACGUUGCUCGACAACGAUUCCGUCUUCGUUGACGGUGUCGGGAGCGGUGUCGUCGACAGGGUAGGCGACGACGAGAGGGAGCACGAACUGGCUACUCCGGAACUCGACGGAAGCGGCGGUACCGGCGGCACAUUGCCGCGCGGGGGUGCCAGUUACCAUCAUCGACAAUAUCCACCAGAUCUGCUGGCCUUCUCCGGCGGUCGCGGCGCAUCGCCGACUAGCCAGACGUCGACGGCGCCUGACAGCACGCGUCUGCCUAAUCAGCACACGACGGCGACGACGACGACGACGACGGCGGCGGCGGCGGCGGCAUCAUCAUCAUAUGGCUCGCCGCCGCCUGGCCAGUACCAUCCAGCCGCCUUCAAGACGUUGCCACACAGCCGCAGCGUAACGCCGUACGGCCUCGGACCGUCGUCGUCUUCGUCGUCGAUGGCACCGGUAUUGCCGCGUCACGGCUAUGUAACGAUCCCGCGUCGACCGCGGGCGCCCAGUUGGAGUAGCGGACCCCCGAUGUCGCCCACCGAUAUCCUCGAGCCGGUAUACGAUAAUCUUGGGCUGCGCACCACGGCGGACGGCAGCUCGAUGUUAUCAUUGAACAAGAGCCCGGAACCGGCGUCUUCGUCCAUGCGAGGUCGGCCACUUCCGGUCACGCCGGGCGGCUCGCACUACGGUACGAUUCAGCGCAGCACGCCGAACAUCCUGACCGGCAGUCCGCUGGACCGGGCGGCCCCGGAAGGCGCAGCCGAGUGGCCGAUCAAGCUGCCGGACGAGAGCAUGAACGGCGGUCAUUCGCUACUGACGCAGCAGCAACAAGCUACCGCUAGCAAUACCCUCGGUAGAAAAGUGCCGCCUAGACCGCCGCCGAAGCCCAAGAAGAAAUCCGCCAACGGGCCGACGUUGUACGAGGACGAGGGAGAAGACGGCACGGAAGUAUGAUAUCAUGGAUAUCGUCCGCAAUGAGGACGAUUGGUCGUAGUACGCCAUGAUGGGGAGCGUGCGACCACAUUUACAAUAAACCGGUAGUGCCUUUCGAAACGCGUAUUUCGCGCGCGUGGAACUUCCAUUUCAUACAGUGAGUCGCAGUCAUCUGAAAGAUGAACGAGGCAUGAGGCGACUCGGGAAGACAACGGCGUGGCUCGCCGGAACCACUGACGUUAAGAAUACACGGCGAUUGGACAAUUGUGUCACCUGUUUCCUUCCUGUAAGUUAUCUCUUCCCUUUCCUCUUUCCUGUAAAUUAUUUUGUAAAUUAUUUAUUGAUAUGCUGCAGAGAAUCCGAAAUAUUCAAACCCAAUGAACCGUAUCAUCCAUACGAAUCAUUUUUAAACGAUCCGAUUAUGGAUGGGUGUCAAUUUCCCGUU